AUGGCGGCCCCCGGGAAGCAACAUGCCACAAAUCGAGCUUGUGUUAUUCCUGGAGGAUUUUCAGUGAUCUCCCUAAAGUUUUGUUCCAGCAGCGAAGCAGAACACAAACUGUAUGUCAAAGAGCACAAAGUUCGGGAUGAAAAAAGUUCACGCAGACCAUUGGACAGGACCUUGUUUGUUCUCAAUGUCCCCCCAUAUUGCACCAAGGCCGUUACUGAAAGGCCUGCUGAAAAACAUGGAUUCAAAGUGGCAUAUAUUGUGUUUGAAAACUCUUCCAGUAUAAAAGUGGCCAAGUCUCAUCCACCCACUGAGCCCAUCGUCGUCUCCACCGAAGAUCAUCCAGUCAAAACCGGAAUUCAGAAAUGGAUACAGAAUUAUAAAAAAUCUCAAAUUCAGCCGGACAAACUGAAGGGUAUUGUUGACUCUUUUAUGGAGGACUACGACAAGCGUAAAGAAGAGGAAGCAGAAAAGCGUAGAAUAGAGGAGGAACAGCAGCAGGACGACGAAGAUGGUUGGGUCAAAGUUACAAAGGGGCACAAAGGGGCUAAAGCCCGGCCCCACAGCGAGAAGGCAAAUCAGCGCACUUUAGCAAAAGAAAUUAGAAAAAAGAAGAGGAAGGAACUCAUGAAUUUCUACACAUGGCAGCACAGAAACACUCAAAAAGAACACAUUGCUGAACUAAGAAAAAAGUUUGAGGAGGAUAAGCAGAAGAUAGCCCUGUUGAGGGCACAGAGGAAGUUUAAACCUUAUUAA